GAAAAACUGACCUCUAAUGAAACAUCCACAGCUUCCUGAUGUGCCAUUCAUUCCUCUUUUUAAAGUCACUUCCUGUCUGUACUAGUUUGACACUCAGUGACCCCGAGACCUUCCUAUGUAAAGCAGCUGAAUGAAUAAUGUGCUGGUGGAAAUGAUUCAAAGAAUUGUUCCAAGUUCCAGGGAGAAUCCAGGAAUAAAUAAUUUCCUGUUUCAUAUAUUUCCAAGGAUUUUUCAAAUUGCCAGUGAGAUUCCAGGGAUAAAUUUUCGGUUCAGUUUAUUUCCAAGGAGUUUUCAAGCUGCCAGUGGGAAUCCAGUUCAAGAAGAGCUGCUGAUGGGAAGAAGUCAGUCGAAUGCACAAAAUUCUAAUGAGAAUCCAGACGAAGAAGAGCUGUUGAUGGGAAGAAGUCAGCUGACUCUUCAAAAUUCUAGUGUGAAUGCAGGCAUAAAUGAUGUGUUAAUGCAAUUUCCUGAAAGGAAUGACCCAAGUUCCAAUGCGAAUCCAGGCAUAAAUGUUGUGGUAAUACAAUUUCCACAAAGGAAUGACCCAAGUUCCAAUGUGAAUCCAGGCAUAAAUGUUGUGGUAAUACAAUUUCCUCAAAGGAAUGACCCAAGUUCCAAUGCGAAUUCAGGCAUAAAUGAUGUGUUAAUGCAAUUAUGUCAAAGGAAUGACCCAAGUUCCAAUGCGAAUCCAGGUAUGAAUUAUGAAUAUUUCACAAUAAAAUGGUCUAGGAGAAAAUUGAGAUAAAAUUUAAUGCCAUUUGUAGGAAUUCUGUGUCAAUACUCUCCCUAGAUCACUAAAAAAAUCUGGUUCAGGACAGAGAGAAGAUGUCUCACAAAGUAUGGAAAUAUGUCAGUUUCACCAGAUAAUGGCCAGAAAUUAGAUUCACUAUGAAAAUUAUACUUAUGAAAAUGAGAGUGUUGAUUGAAAUAUGUACAUUAGAGUAUGUGCUAUUCGAGGAAUCUUGAAAUUCAGUGUUGACAGUUUAAAAUGAUUAAUCAGAGAUUAGAGGAUGUGACAGGAUCUC